AUGGGCAAGACGAGAUCAUCCAAGAACAAGACCGGAGCCAGCUCUCGAGCUUCCACGUCAAAAGCGGAACAACCUACCGCGACCGACCUGAUAGCACAAGCCCAUGCAUACCUCGGACAAUCCAACUUUGAACAGGCUAUCAACAGUCUCGCUCUCGCACUCGACAUCGAACCGGCGAACAGGGAAGCCAAGGAGAUCCUCGGGAUCGCCGAGAUCGAGGGUGGGGACGUCGAAAAGGGACGAGAGCACCUGACGGGACUACUACCCCCUCACGUCCAAGACCCGGCUCCGUCCACCUACCUCUACCUAGCCCAGACGGCACCGACACCGCAAGAAGCGUUACAGCUCUACGAAUCGGCCAUCAAGCUGCUCGAAAGCAAGAUCGAGGCCUUCUCUACACGCGGUUCUGGAAUGGAGGAGGAGGACGCCGAUGCCGAUGUCGACGUCGAUGUGACCAAGGAAGAGUUGAUGAAAGAGUGCAUCACCGCGCUCGUCGCGAUGAUCGAAAUCUGGAUGUCGGACUUGUGCUUCGAACCCCAAGCCUCGUCCGAAUGCGACACCCUUAUCGCCCGAGCCCUGUCGAUCGACCCGAACGACAUCGACGCCCUCCUCACCCUCUCAUCCAUCCGGAUGUCCCAAUCCAAGGCGGACGAAGCCAAACAGGUCAUCCUCCAAGUCUCACGGUUGGUCAUGGACGUCAUCGACCGGAUAGACAAGGCCGAGGACGAGGGCGAGGCGGCCGUCACCUCUACAAACACGGAGACCAGCGACACUACGGGCCAAGAUAGGAUGGCGGAUGAAGCCGACUCGAACCCUGUCGUCCGGGACCUGCCUUCGAUCCCCACUCGACACCUCUUGACCCGUCUCUUGCUCGAGCACCACCAAUACGUCCAAGCGCUCCGGGUCAACGAUUCCGUCAGGCGAGAGGACGAGCUCGAGGUGGAAGGUUGUUACCUGGAAGGAUGGGCGUGGUACUGUCGAGGCGAAGCUAUCGAGGCUGGGGAUGAAGAGGGAGCCAAGGAAAAGUUGCCCGAAGAGGAGACGUUGCCGAGCAAGAACGAGUGUUGGACCGAGGCCUUGAGCAGUUUCAUGGAGUGUGCUUCGCUUCACGAAAGUCAGGAACAUCCCGACCAAGGUAUCCUCGCACAUGUACAAGAGCUCAUCCCCCUGCUGGAAAAGGCUGGCAUCGUGGUCGAAGUCGACGACGAAGAGGCCGGCGAGGACGUGGACAUGGCAUAG